UUCCUCUUCGUCUUGGAUCACUCCCAAAACAUUGAUGAUCUCAUGAAUUUCAACACCCAUUCCUCGACGUGUCGCCAUAUCAUUGGCUACAUUUAGACUAUAUUUCUUCUCUCUAACUCAACUUCCAUCUCUCAUUUCAUAUUAAAUCCAACCUCUUAGCUUCUUCCCUUCAAUUCCCUCCUCCCUUGUGAUGAUCUCUCUUCACAAUCACUCAAUCUUUAGUGGCCAGUGGCUGUGAUUACUUCCGAUCACCAUCAGCCAUGGGAGAGGAAGCUCAGAAGACGACGCUUAUGAUCCUAAACGUUGAUCUUCAAUGCUCCAGCUGCUACAAGAAGGUGAAGAAAGUAAUUUGCAAGUUUCCGCAAAUUAAAGACCGGAAAUUUGAUGAGAAGGCAAAUAAGGUGUUCAUUACUGUGGUGUGUUGUAGCCCUGAGAAAAUUCGUGACAAAUUGUGCUGUAAGGGAUGCGGGGUAAUCAAGAGUAUUGAGAUUGUUGAGCCUCCAACGCCCAGAGCUCCAGAAAAGCCCAAGCCACCUCCUGAAAAGCCCAAAGAGCCUGAGAAGCCCAAGCCGCCACCCGAAAAGCCCAAAGAGCCUGAAAAACCCAAGCCGCCUCCUGAAAAGCCUAAGGAACCCGAAAAGCCCAAGCCGCCUCCAGAAAAGCCCAAGGAACCCGAGAAGCCCAAAGAGAAACCCGCUCCACCUCCUGAAAAGCCCAAACCGCCAGCUCCGGCUCCGGCUCCGGCACCGGCACCGGCUCCUAAACCCAUAGUACCAGCACCGCUACCACAACCGCCAAAGAUCCCGGAACCCGAACCCGUGUUUGUGGUGCCAUGUAACCCAUGUUACCCAGCGCAGCCACCCUUUGGGUUUUGUUGCGGGUCAUGUGCCCAAGGGAUACCCGGUGGACCAUGUUAUGGUUGGUACGGAAGACCGCCGCCACCGCCACCUCCGCCGCCGCGGCCAUGUUAUGAGCCCUUUUUCGGGUGUCGAUGUGGGCAGUCCAGAGGCUAUUAUGGAUGCAGAUGUGAGUGUAAUAACUACUACUGUGAAUUAGACAAUAGUUCUUGCUCAAUCAUGUAAUCGCACCGCUCCACCCGGCCCGUCAUUAUCACAUAAUAUCGUGGUUUACGAAGCAUGAUCGUGGCUUUUGAUGGGACAUCUUGCCUAAUUGCACAAUUAUCUAAAGCUAAGCUAGCUUUGGAAUUAUAUGGGUGUUCUUUUCCCAAAACUUGAAAAUAAUUAAUACUCCGUAGUAUAUAUACUAUACAGUACCUCUGUUAUUGAAUCUGUUAAAUAGAAUAAGGUUAGCGGCCGGAAUUAUGGUUGCUAGACUAUUUGUUGUACCAAAUAUACAGUUGACAGAAUACUGAUUUUCACUUGCUUCUUUUUUA